AGCAGUCACACCAGACGAGCACCAACUCCUAUACCACAUGCUGCAUUUGAAACAACUUUUUAAAGCAACGAAGUAGCCUUAACAAAAGAAAUAUAGCAUUUCCUAAAUACACUGUUUUCGGAAAGAGCAAUUUUAACACAAGCAACUCAAAGACCACUCCGACAGGCUGGGUGUACUGAAAAAUGUUCAUCUCUAAAACAGUCUUUUGAUGGACAGAAGUUUCUAAGUAUCAUGCCUACCAACAAGCUAUAAGAUGACCACCCUGAACAAUCAAGAUCAACCCGUCCUUUCUAACAACUCAUAUCCAAGCGAGUACAAAAUUGCGGCUCUUGUCUUCUAUGGCUGUAUCUUCAUAAUUGGAUUAUUUGUUAAUGUCACUGCGUUAUGGGUUUUCAGUUGUACCACCAAGAAGAGAACCACUGUAACGGUCUACAUGAUGAAUGUGGCAUUACUGGACUUAAUGUUCGUAAUGAGCCUACCCUUUCGAAUGUUUUAUUAUGCAAAAGGUGAAUGGCCAUUUGGAGAGUACUUUUGUCACAUUCUUGGAACUCUCACAGUGUUUUACCCAAGUAUUGCUCUAUGGUUUCUUGCUUUUAUUAGUGCUGACAGAUACAUGGCCAUCGUACAGCCGAAGUAUGCCAAAGAACUUAAAAACACAUGCAAAGCCGUGCUGGCAUGUGUGGGAAUCUGGAUAAUGACCCUGACAAUCACCAUCCCUCUGCUACUGCUUUAUGAAGACCCAGAUAAAGCCUCCAUGCCCGCCACCUGCCUCAAGAUUUCUGACAUCAUCCACCUAAAAGCUGUUAAUGUGUUGAACUUCACUCGACUGGUAUUUUUUUUCUUGAUUCCUUUGUUUAUCAUGAUUGGGUGCUACUUGGUCAUUAUUCAUAAUCUCCUUCACGGGAGGACAUCUAAGCUGAAACCAAAAGUCAAGGAGAAGUCCAUAAGAAUCAUCAUCACGCUCCUGGUGCAGGUGCUCGUCUGCUUUGUGCCUUUCCACAUCUGCUUUGCUUUCCUGAUGCUGUCAGGGGAAGAGAAUAGCUAUAAUCCCUGGGGAGCCUUUACCACCUUCCUCAUGAACCUCAGCACGUGCCUGGAUGUGAUUCUCUACUACAUUGUUUCAAAACAAUUUCAGGCUCGGGUCAUCAGUGUCAUGCUAUACCGGAAUUACCUUCGGAGUGUGCGCAGAAAAAGUUUCCGAUCUGGUAGUUCACGGUCACUAAGCAACAUAAACAGUGAAAUGUUAUGA